AUGUUCAGGCGGAUUCUGCAGCGGACUCCAGGUAGAGGUGGCUCUCAGAGUUCAGAUUCAGAUUCAUCUGCCACACCUGGAAAUGCUGUGGACGUGAACAACGAAGGCUCCUCAGAGGGCUUUAUUUGUCCUCUCUGUAUGAAGUCUCAUGGAUCAGCAGAGGAGCUGUUCAAGCACUAUGAAGCAGUUCAUAAUUCUGGCAUUGACUCAACUCAUGGAGGGGAAGGUCAUCUGUCACCAGAAAGAGAUGAAGUAUCACUGCUCCGACAAGAAGUCCAAGACUUGCAAGCUUCGCUGAAGGAGGAGAGAUGGUAUUCAGAAGAGCUGAAGAAAGAACUAGAGAAAUUGCAGGGGCAGCGGCAGCAAGAUUCUAAAUCUGAUGGAUUGACAACAGCUACGUCUACAGAAUCAUUAGAACGGCAACUAGAAGAGAUCCAAGUAGAAAAUUUUAACAUUAAGCAAAUGAAAGACUUAUUUGAGCAAAAAGCAGCACAACUGGCUACUGAAAUUGUGGAUCUUAAAUCAAAGUAUGAUGAAGAAAUCAGCCUUCGGGAAGGUGCAGAACAGAAAGUGACAAACUUGAGACAAGAACUGCAGAAAGAGAGAAGUACAGUAGAAGACUUAAAGACAGAGCUGCUGCAAAGGCCUGGUGUGGAAGAUGUGGCUGUCCUGAAAAAGGAGCUGGUCCAAGUUCAAACACUGAUGGAUAAAAUGACCCUGGAACGUGAAAGAGAAUCUGAAAAGCUGAAAGAUGAGUGCAAACACUUGCAGGCAAAGCAGGCUAACUCUGAGGCUACCAUUAACCAAUUAAAAGCUGAACUUGCCAAAGGACCUCAAGAGGUAGCUGUGUAUGUUCAGGAGCUGCAAAAACUUCAAAGUUCAGUCAAAGAGCUAGAACAGAUGAAUCAGAGUCUGACUGAGAAGCUGCUGAAGAAAGAACAGGACUACACCCAGCUGGAAGAAAAACACAAUGAAGUAUCUGUGAGUAUGAAGAAUGUGCAGGCAAGUUUUCACCAGAAGGACCUGGACUGUCAACAGCUUCAGGCAAAGUUAUCUGCGUCUGAAGCCUCGAUACAGAGAUUGCAGACAGAGCUAGGUGAGAAGGUAGAAGGAAGCCAGAAACUUAAAGAAGAGUUGUCCGAAGUAGAGAUAAAGUACCAGCAUCUCAAGGCGGAAUGUAAACAGCUCCAGCAGCAGAGGGAGGAAAAAGAGCAGCAUGGACUGCAACUCCAAAGCGAGCUCAGUCAGUUGCACAGUAAACUCCUAGAAACAGAGCGCCAGUUAGGGGAAGCGCAUGGGCGGCUCAAGGAACAGAGGCAGCUGUCCAGUGAGAAACUGAUGGACAAAGAGCAGCAGGUGGCUGACCUACAAUUAAAACUGUCUCGUGCUGAAGAGCAGCUAAAGGAAAAAGCAGCAAAUUCCACAGAAUUGCAACAUCAAUUAGAAAAGGCAAAGCAGCAGCACCAGGAGCAGCAGACACUUCAACAAAAUACCACAGCAAAACUACGAGAAGCCCAGAAUGAUCUGGAGCAAGUACUACGACAAAUUGGAGAUAAGGACCAAAAAAUUCAAAAUCUUGAGGCUUUGCUUCAAAAAAGUAAAGACAACAUCUCUCUGCUAGAAAAGGAAAGAGAGGACUUAUAUGCAAAAAUUCAAGCUGGUGAAGGAGAAGCCGCGGUUCUUAACCAGCUACAAGAGAAAAACCAUGCAUUACAAAUACAGGUAACUCAGCUGACAGAGAAGCUGAAGAAUCAAUCAGAAAGUCAUAAACAAGCCCAAGAGAAUUUGCAUGAGCAAGUGCAGGAACAAAAGGCUCACCUAAGAGCUGCUCAAGAUCGUGUGCUUUCCCUGGAAACAAACAUCACUGAACUGACCAGUCAGUUAAAUGAAAGUAAAGAGAAAGUAUCACAACUUGAUGUGCAGGUAAAAGCAAAGACUGAAUUGCUACUUUCAGCAGAAGCAUCAAAAGCUGCUCAGAGAGCAGAUCUACAGAACCAUCUGGACACUGCCCAGAAUGCACUGCAAGAUAAACAACAGGAGUUAAAUAAGGUCAGCGCUCAGUUGGAUCAGGUUACAGCUAAGCUGAAUGACAAGCAGGAAUACUGUACUCAGCUGGAAGCCAAUCUUAAAGAGCACAAAGAAAAAUGCCUUUCUUUAGAACAGAAAACUGAAGAACUAGAGGCACAACUUAAGAAACUUGAAGGUGACAUUCUUGAUGCUAGAGCAAGUAAAGACCAAGCUCUUCAGGAGUUACAGCAGCAGCGACAUCAGUCUAAAGAAUUAGAGCUCCGGACAGCAGAACUGAGUAAACAACUUGAAGCAGCAAGAGAAGCGAUGUCUAAUGCUCAACUGGAUUUGCAGAAGAAAUCUGAGGCCCUUGACCAAGCGAACCAACAAAUUUCAAAGCAGGAGGCAGAAAAGGCCAGUCUCAAACAAAAUCUUGAGAAAUCAAAUCAAGAUACAAGUAAACAGCUCAAGGAACUUGAUUGUAAAAUGCAAGCAGCCACAUCAGAGCUGCAACAAGUGAAAUUAGAGAAGGACACUCUAUUAAAGGACCUUACAGAUACCAAAGAGAAGCUCUCAAAAAGCUCUGAAUCCUUCAAAAAAAGAAAGGAGGAAUUAGAAAAAGAAAUUAAAAAAGGAAAAACAGUUAUGGCAGAAAUGGAAAAAUCUUGCCAAGAAUUAAAACACCAACUUCAGAUACAAACAGAGUCUGUAGCUAAAGAGAGGAAUGAAUUGAAAAACUCACUGGAGAAAAAGGAGGGGAUUUCUAAGCAGUUGUCUAUAGACCUUGAUUCAGCAAGAGCACAAGUACUGGAAAUCCAGGGUCUUCUGAAGGAAAAGAAAAAAAGUGAGCAACAUCUCCAGGGAAAGCUGAGAGAGUUAAAGGAAUCUUUUGAGCAGAAGAAAAAACACAGUGAGACACUGCAAGCUGAAUUAAAAACUGCCCUUUUAGAAAAGGCAGAGCUGGAGAAUAAACUACAACAGCAGUCUAUUUUGUCAGCACAGGAGCUUAAAGCAGAGAAAGGCAAGCUAGCAGACUUACAGAAGGCCCAUGAUAAACAUAAAGAAAACAUGGAGAAGCUGCAGCUGGAUCUUUAUGGGAAAGAGUCUGAGCUGCUGGCAACCAGGCAAGACCUUAAGUCCACAGAAGAAAAACUUGCUCUAGCUCAAGAAGAAUUGGUUUCCAGCAGGAAUCGAAUUGCUAGCAAUAAUCAACAGAUUCAGGAGCUGAAGAAAGCUAAGUCUACACUGGAGCAGGAUGCAUCAAAGAAAGAACAGCAGCUGGGUGAGAAGACUAAAAUGCUACAAGAUCUUCAGAAUGACAGGAUUUUGAAAGAAAAAGAUUUGGCUAAUGAAAAAUAUAAAACGGCAGAACUCCAGGAAAUAAGGAGUAGACUUGAAAAGGAAAGUGCCAAGCUGAGUGAAGAUCUUAGAGCCUGCAAGCAAGAAUUUGAGAAGGAGGUGACAAAUCUCAAGGAUGCAAACCAGCUAUUGAUUCAACAGAAAUUAGAACUGCAGGGCAAAAUAGAUAAUGCAAAUUCAACUCUGGAACAGGAGAAACAAAAACAUCAAGCUGUCAAAGAUCAGUUGAAAAAGAGAGAAGAGGAGCUGAAGAAUGAAUGUGCUGAAAUUGAAGCCAAACUGCACACAGAGAAAAAAGACAGAGAAGAAGAAAAACGGAAACAUGAGGAGAAGGAGACCAAGCUCACCAUGCAGGUCACUGCCCUGAAUGAAAACCUGGCUACCAUGAAGAAAGAGUGGCAAAGCAGUCAAAGACGAGUGAGCGAGCUGGAGAAACAGACAGAUGAUUUACGUGGGGACAAUGCUGUCUUGGAAGCAACAGUCCAGAAUAAUCAGGAUGAGAGAAGAGCAUUGCUGGAGAGGUGUAUAAAAAGUGAGGGAGAAAUUGAAAAGCUUCAAGCCAAACUUGUAGAAAUGAAGAAAAAGCUGGACAAUACAACUGCUGCAAUGCAGGAACUUGGCCGAGAAAACCAGUCAUUGCAGAUCAAACACACACAAGCUCUCAACAGGAAGUGGGCAGAAGACAAUGAGGUACAGAAUUGUAUGGCCUGUGGAAAAGGCUUUUCAGUGACAGUAAGAAGGCAUCACUGUAGACAGUGUGGAAAUAUCUUUUGUGCUGAGUGCUCAGCAAAGAAUGCCUUAACUCCUUCUUCCAAGAAGCCUGUCCGCGUCUGUGAUACUUGCUUUAAUGACUUGCAAGGAUAACUGGCUAUCGUGAGUGACAAAGAAAUGUUACACUAAAAUUUACCAUUUCUGUUGAUGCACUUCAUUCUGCACUCAGACUACUAUUCAGUUUGGACAAUGAUUGUAACACUUGGCAAAAUCUAGUAUAUUUUAAAAUGUUUAUUGAUACCAAGCAAAGCUAUUGUAUUUUUUGUGAGACAUGGGCUCAGAUCAUCCAUAGCUUACUGACAUAAAUCAUGGAAAGAGCUUCUAUGUCUAGAUUAGAAAUAUCCAGUUAUUUGUAAAUAAAGUUUAAACAGAGGAGUAACAAUGUAUUUUUUUAUCUUUUAUUUUUUUGUUCAAGAGAAACAGCAUUUAUGUGAUAUUGAAGUUUAUUCUUGUUUCCUUCAAAGAAAAAGGAAGAUGCUAAAACUUGUGAGGAUUUUAUGUAUCAAAUGUUGCUGUAAAAACAACUAAGUGUUGCAUUUGAUUGCAUAUCUGAUGGUCUUUAUAACCCCCUGUGAUUCUGUUUUUUUUCUAUCUAUCUGGCUCUUGCAUUUUUCUCUCUAAAGUUUGAACUCCACAGUGAGGGUAACGGCUGGGCUUAACUUCAACUCAGUUUUAUUUACCCACUUGUAAAUCAGUAGUAUCAGCACCCAAGUCCUUAUUCAAUACAGCACUUGGGUGCUGGAACAUCUUUAUGCAUAUUAUAUUGAAUAGUUGGUGUGUGAGUGCGUCUGUCUGUCUGAGAGAGUAUGUGUGAACAAAUGAUGAGAUAAAGUUUAUCUGCCAUUGUAGCAAUAUUAUAUGAUACAUUACACUAUUUCAUCCCAUAGUGAUUGAUUUCACUUUUACGAAUUUGGUUGACACAUUUUAAUAUUCAAGAAAUCCUUACAUGUGGGUUUUAAAAACUAGCACAUUUCUGUCCCUGCCCAUACCCUGAAAGCACUGAGAGAUCACUGCAGUUCUAAGGGACAUUCCAAGCCAGGUAUCCAACUAAGAAAAAGUAUUUUUUGAGACAGCUUUAGUUUUUCUGGCCUUUUCUUCUAUCCUUUCCCUCAGCUUUUGGUGGAAGAAGCUGAACUCCUCCUAUGCCUAACAAAUCUCAAUUUUCCAUUACUCCAUCUGACCCCCAUUACCAGGGGCUCUGAAGUGUUAUGUUAGCUAUGUGAUUUAGUCUGCUUAGAUUGGAAAACUGGCUUUGUUACAAGCCGAACAGCUCCAGCAAAGAGGCUAAUAUAUAUGACAAUAAGGAUUUAUUCAUGUUUUCUGUACUGGUAAGAGAAGUUUCUUGUAGAGUUCAUGUAGGCUCCAGAUUUCUUUUUUCUUGUGAUUUUGUUUGCACCUCUUCAUUUUUGCUUGCCUGUGUCUAACCUUUCUUCCCUUUGUAUCUGCAAUUUCAAAACCAUUAUUUCUUGUAAGCAGGGGUUAUGCCUUCCAAUAUUAAGGAAUCUUUUGUCUUAAAUACCCUAAUAAAUUCUCCACCCCUCAAACACUUCAGUAUCCUGCCAAAUUUUGCCAGCUGUUGAGAGAAAGGUAGUGUCCUGAACUCCUCUACUUCUUUCCAGAGGCAAGGAACCAAAUUCUGUCACAAUGAUGGCAGCUUAGUCAUCAUUAGGAAGAUUUGUUUACUUUUAUCUAGUUACAGCUCUAUAUGUGAUGAAGAAGUGUCUCCUUUAUAAAACGAGUCUUGUCUUGUUUAACUGUCAAGUGAAGAAACUUCAUUCCUCUACUCCAGAAGAAUUGAUAUAUAUGUUUGAUAUUCUCUUUUAACUUGCCCAGCAAGUUCUACAUUUGCACUGUCAAGGAGUUUUCUUAAAAUUCAGUUCUUAUUUCCCAAAAGCCAACUGAACAAUGUAACUUGUUCUUGUCACUGUAAAAAAGUUUGGGUUAAAACAGUGGCUUAUACCAAACACUGACCUGCUUUUCUGGUUUGAACUUGAGAGCUGAUUGCUCAAAAAAAAAAAAAAAAACAAACUGCUGCAACAAUUCCAUAUGAACAGAGCCUCUGGACUCCCUGUUUCUGCUCAUCAGUGUAACUGUUUGGCAUAAGAAUCUUUUGAAUAGAAAAUAUGAACAGAAUCUCUGCCUCUGGGAAUUUUUUUUCUAUUUAGUUGUUUACUGAGAGAAAAAAAAAUGCUUUAGAGUCUUUCUUUGUCUGACUUUAGAAAUGUGGGAAAAGUAGAGAUGUGACAGCCGUGCUCCAGCCUAGAUGCAUUCUGCCCGUUUGUGUAACACACAAGAGCCUUGUGUGGUUCUUAGGGUAAAGGACAAUCACAUGAAACAGGAGGGAUUUUUAGAGGGAAGGGAGAAACUUCCCACAGCUGCC